AUGGUAUCCAGCGACACGCCUGCUACUGCUACUGCUCCUACGACCACAUCCAUGGAUCUGCAGGGUGAUAGUAGCCCACGAGCUGUCACGAUCCAUGUGCUGAGUCCCUCUUUGCCUCCACCAAGUCGUGUGACCCUACGAGAUGUGCCACUUGAGACUACAGUCGCGCAAUUGCGCACACGGAUCAGCCUGUCUCUUCCUCACCAACCAGAACCUGCAACUCAGAGGUUGAUCUACCUUGGAAGAGUGCUUGUGAAUGACAGUUCAACGCUUUCUGAAACCUUUGGACCGGUCGAGCAAUCUGAGCACUCAAUCCAUCUGGUAUUGCCACCUUCUGCAUCACCAGCUUCUCAGCAUGCCUCUGGGUCUGCAGCCCUUCCUAGCAGCAAUGCAGUCGGGUCACUUCUUGCAUCUCACAUGGCGGCUAUCAACCAUGCUAUGCACCAGGCCGCUGGUAAUGGUCACCCGCAGGUGCAGCAUGUUGCUACUCAUGCACAGCCCUUUUCAGCAGCCCAAGUAAGGCUAGGCCCCUCAAGUGCCCUGAACGGCGUUGCUUCUGGACAUGCAAGUGAUGAGUUCAGCAUCUUGGAGAGAGAACUUGAAAAGGCAGAGAACGAGGUAGAUCAUAACUUGAUACCCUCGCAUGAGAACCUGUAUCACCUACGAAGGAGAAUUGAGCAACAACAGCAUCAGCUAGGGCUACCACAGAUGCAUCCUGAUAGUGUCAGCGCCUCUCACGAUUUCGGGGCGCUAUUACAGCGUGUUGAAGCUCUUUACCGGCGAAUUGACGGCUUGCCCUCGAAUCAGAGUGGGCGCCUAGGACAACCACUUCAUAAUUUGCACUCUAAUCAGCAAGUCUAUCUUACCACCGCCGCAGAUGGUCGUCAGUGCUUGAUUAUCCCGCCUUCUGCUUCUUCUUCAUCAUCAUCAUCUUUCUCCAGCCCAGCCCCUUUGCUCCGGCCCAACCUCCCCUUGAACGUCAUAUCCUCAACAUUUGCGAACUCUAUACGUCCGCCAUCAGAGACUCUUCACCAUGAUCAUGCCGAUGCCCAUGACCGAUUCGCAGGGAAUCCCGCACCCAAUCGAGCUGAUAACGGACAUGCCCGCGGCCCAAACCCAGCUAUCAUUUUACAAAACGCUCUCAACCAGCGUGCCGCCAAUCUGCAGCCUCACCGCAGGCCUCAGAACAUUCUCGCAGCGAGCUUCGUGACCCGGAUCUGGCUUUUUGUCCGACUUUACUUCUUCAUCUACAUGACCACCAACUCUGGCUCCUGGGCCCGUAUUUUUAUGGUCACCGGAGCCGUCCUGGUAGCUUUGUUUUCGGAGAGUACCAUUCCAGAACGUUUACAUAAUGCUCUUGUUGUCCCUGUUCAGCAGCAUCUCGAGAGACUCACGCAUAUGGGUGGACCGGCAGAUCUAGCCAGACCUGCUGCGGGUGCGGGUGCAGGUCCGGCAGCGGGAGGGAAUGCUCGCAAUGAUGGACCUGGAGAGCUGUGGGCUAGUAUCCGUCGCAUUGAGCGUGCUGUUGUCCUGCUUCUCGCAAGUUUAAUCCCGGGUAUUGGCGAGAGACAGGUUGAAGCGCGGAAUGCAGCUGAGGCGGAGGCUGAGCGACAGCGGCAGGAGGAGCAACAGCAGCAGCAGCAGCGGUUACUUGAACAAGAGAGAGAGCAGCAAGACCAGCAGCAGGGGCAGCAACCGCAAGAGGAGAAUGCAGCGCAAGCCGAAACUCAAGAUGCGCCUCAAUCCAUAGGCGCGGCUCACGAGGUGGCCAGCGCUGAUACAACCAACACGGCUGGCCCUUCGGAGCAUCUGCAGUCCGAGGAGCCCACCACCGCCGCCUGA